CACAUUUAGUUUGUUUAGAUAUGUCAGCGUGUUUGGACGUGCGUAAAAAAUCUUAAACUUUACAUUCAUUAUUGUUUAUUUAUGUUUUUCUUACUCCAGAGCAAAACAAAAAAACGAUACAUAAAAAAAAAUUUCUUUAAAGAAAAAUACUUUUAAAUUUCGGUUCAAUACAAGACGUUAUACGGUUCGAUUUAUUUUGGUUUUAUAUUUUCGGUUUUGUUUUCGUUUCUUGUUGUUUUUACGCUAAAUUGACAAAUAAGUGUGUUACUUUUGGAAAUUUGAUAUGAAUUAUAUAUAAAGUGUAAUACAUAUAAAAAUAAAUUGAAUCCUUGUUAUUACACACAGAAAUAUCUAUACGUGUACGUGUUGUUUGUGAAAAAAAUCUCAACUAUUUCUGUAGCAGAGCAGCUAAAAUCAAAAAAAUAUUAAGAAAAAUAUCUGUAUAAAAAAAAGAAAAGAAAAAUAUUAAAGUUAUACAUAAUAAAUACGAAAUGUUACAGUAUCCAGUAAAAAAUAAUACGUCUUCGCCUUCGUUGUGUCAUUUUAAAUCGUGGUUCUCUGUUGUUGUCACUACUCCUUAGAGUAAAGUGCAGUUUGAGGAUUGUAACAUGAUAUAAAUAAGUUGGAAGAACCCAAUGAAAUAAAACUAAAAAUACCAACAACAAACAAUACAAAUAUUAAUACACAUAAAGUAUCAUAUAUACACUUACUUACAAAUACUAUUGUAAACUUACACCUAAACCAGUAUAAAGAAAGGAUAUUACCACACACUAUAUCAAGCCAAACAAAAGUAAAAAAAGGAUAAAAAAACUGCAGCAGGACUUGUUUUUUUUUGUACUCUACUUCUUUAAAUGCAUACAAAUGUCGUCGUUGGCAUAGAAAACACUAUACACAAAGAAAUAGAAAAAGGAAACUAAAAAAAGGAACUUUACCAACAACAACAACUCAAAAGAACACAUACUUAAUUAAAACGCAUUAAAAAGUGAUUCUCCUCAAACAAAUCCAAACAUACAAACGAACGCAGUAACGCAAAUAUUCACAAAAUACACAUGAUUCCCACAUUAGUAAACGGACGAAAUUUAAUAUUCCAACGAAUGUUCACAGUAGAAACUGUCAUUCCAUACAACUGCUAAAAAGAACAAACAACUAAAUACGAAAACUAUAAACGAUAAAGCAAAAAGAACAGAAUACCUACUUCCUGCCUCGUAUACAUAAAAAUGCCUAAAACGAAUCCCAGCAGCAGUAGCAGCAGAUAUACGAUCGUCAAUGUUAUCCUCAGUUAUUUAAUUAUAUGCCGAACAUGUACGACAUGUCUACCCUCCGCCAAAGAUUCCUCUUUACUUUUAAACGAUUCCGAAGAAGAUGUCUUUAGUAAAUUCGAUGACAUUAGCGAUGAAAUGGAAGAGCUAAUGACACCCAAAGCGGAUAAUAACAAAUAUUCAAGUUGGCCCAACCGGAAGGAUAUGGAUAGCUCCUAUCAAGAUAAUGCAGAUGUAUUUAACGCGGGCAAACUGCCGGUAGGUGCUACAUAUCACGAUGAAUCUCUAAAUAUGGGACAUUCGAGUGAAUCGCUGGUGCCGCUGCAAGGUGUUAAUGCCAAUAAGACAGUGCUAAUUGGAGCAGCUGGCACUUUAGAUGAAUUCGUGACGGGUAAACUGGGUGCUUCAGAAACCGGUGUUACACUGCCUUACUUUCUAACUGAACCAGAAAGUGUUUAUGUGGUGAAGAAUAGACCGGCCGUAUUAAAGUGUAAAGCCGCUCAUGCGUUGCAGCUGCAUUUUAAAUGUAGUGGCAGUUCACAGCCCCCACCCUCAACACACGACAAGCACGUGGAUCCUCACACAGGGGUGCAUUUGGAGGAAGUUACGGCCACCAUACACCGUGAUCUUGUGGAUGAAUAUUUUGGCAAGGGUCCCUUUAAAUGUGAAUGUCAUGCCUGGUCUUCAAGGGGUGUUGUAAAAAGUCAAGCGGCCACAGUUAAUAUUGCAUAUAUGCGCAAACAGUUUGUUACUUCGCCCACCUCGUUGAGAGUCGAGCUUGGCACUCGUGCUGAAUUGUAUUGUGAGCCACCCAGUGGUUUUCCUGAACCCGGUGUUAGUUGGCAAAAGAAUAAUUUGCCUAUAACGGAGAGUAAUGAACAUGGUCCUACCGUGUCGCCAACGGGUACUUUGACAUUUCGUCAAGUUACUUUGCAGGACAUGGCUAAUUAUACUUGUGUAGCUGAAAAUAUAGCGGGUAAACGUAAUUCAGACUCGGCGGUACUUAUAGUUUAUGUUAAUGGCGGUUGGAGUUCCUGGUCUUCGUGGCGUGAUUGCAAAUGUCCGGGUAAAAUGGCUCAGGGUCGUAAGCGUACACGCAUGUGCAAUAAUCCUAUACCCAUGAAUGGUGGUGCCGAAUGUUCUGGGCCACAAAUACAAAAAUCAGCCGAUUGUUUACCCUGUCCGGAUGAAACACAAAUUGUCAAUACGGAGGGUUUCGAUGUGCCAGCCGUUAAGAGAUCGGGACGUUGGUCGGCCUGGAGUGAAUGGAGUUCAUGUUCUGCUGAAUGCAUACAAAUAAGACGCCGGAAAUGUAUCACAACAAGUUCCUCGGUACUGGUGGAUGAUGAGGAUGCAGGUUUGGGCAUCAGCGUUGGCGGUUUAUCAAGUAACGGUAUUGUUGGCAGCUUAAGUAGUGGCAACAUUGGCAGCACCGGUCUCAUUCCUGGUGGCAUCAAAGCUCAGUGUAGUGGAAAAGAUAUACAGACAGCCGAAUGUCGGGGGGAAUAUUGUCAAAUAGGCAAAGAUGAUUUCGAUUGGACUCUGUAUUUGGGUUUAGCCUUUGUAACGGCGGUAUUUUUUGCAUUCGGUGCUGCAUUGAUUUGCUGUGCACGCAAAGGCAUCAGGGUUAAUCAACACUAUAAUAUGACCAGAACGGUAAUGGAUCCUAAAUAUUUACCCGAUAUUAGUAAGAAGGAUAUGCGCAUGCAUAUUGAAACAGCUAAUGAUAAUUAUGAUUAUGCCAGUCCGGGUCAUAGAUUUCUACCACCCAGCCAUCAUGGUGGUUGCUCGAUAUCGGAACAUCAUUAUGAUGUACCCAAUUUAUCAGCCAAUUAUGUGAAUCCUAUUGAUGAUCUAAGUGUGGACUAUCUAACAGAUACACCCGAUACUUCUACCGCCGAUACCUCCAAUUCCACCUACGAUGUUACCGCCAAAAUCGGUGGACUAUCAGCAUCAAAAUGUUCCACCUAUGAUCAACUCAACUGCAGUGGAGGCUCGCUAAAUCUUUAUGCCGGAGAAAUAAUGCUCUAUAUACCCGAACAUUCGAUAGGCAAAAGUAUGCGUAAACAUGUCUCCCUAAUGUUGGUCAGUGAUGAAACCUCGCGGGUCACCAUACCCAAUACUGAAUCCCUACUUGUCUGCAGUACUAUAGUACACUGUGCACCACGCAAUUAUACAUUCCUAAAACCGGUGAUAUUGAAAAUACCCCACUGUUUGGUGGACACUAAUCUAUGGAAUGUUUUCAUUUACUAUGCCGACAAUGAACACGAUGACUUAAAUGUCAAUUGGCGUAAGAUUAUAGCCAUUGGAGAGGAGACCAUUAAUACGCCGGUAUUUGUGCAAUUAGAAUCACAACAUGUCUAUAUAAUGACUGAACAAUUGGGCCGCUUUGUGGUAGUGGCCGAGCCCAAAAUACCCACUACCUGUUUGCAGAAUUCUUUGAAAAUGCGUCUCAUAGCAUUUAGUCAAUUUACACCGACGAGCACUAAUUGCAGUUUAAGAAUCUAUAUAGUCAAAGAUUUUCCCAAUAGUCGUGAUAUUUGCACCAGCAUUGAAUCGAAACUGGGUGGUUCCUUUAUGGGUGAAAGUGAGGCUUUUGCUUUCUAUCUUAAUAAUAGUAAUAUGAAUAUACGUUUGCGUAACUCCGAGGAGGAUAUGUGGGAUACAGAAAACGAAAUCGAAUUGCAUGAACAGAUUAUACCCUACAAUCAUAUAUUGUCGAAUAAUUCUGUACUGCACUGUGAAUUCAUAAUCAAACGCAAUGAACAAUUGUAUUCAGCCAAUAAUUUAACUGUAGAUUUUGCUCAAUGUAGUGAUAGUCAUCAUUUAUACUCAGAAGUGCAUUCCUUUAGUAUAAGUCGCCAAUUGCAACAACAGCAGCCGCAUACACACCCCACCAAUCACUCAGCCCACUCAUCGUUGGAACGUCAGAGUACCGUUACCAUCGAUCCCCAUGGGAACUAUGUCAACGAGGCCACUUUACCUUUGAAUACCAUACAUUUGCCGCGUGAUACUAAGAGAAGAAUAUGUGCGGCUUUAGAUCCUCCGCGGGAAGAUGAACGUGAUUGGCGUUUGUUGGCUAAAAAGUUAAAUACCGAUCGUUAUAUAGCUUAUUUCGCUACCAAACCCUCGCCCACAGAACAAAUACUUAAUUUGUGGGAAUGUCGAGCCAGUCAGCGCACUCAUGCCUCUCAAACCAUCGUAGAGCUUUUGAUGAUUUUGAAAGAUAUGGAAAGGCAAGAUGUGAUGGAUAUUAUAACUGAAACUAUAGGCUCAUUAUGGAUUUAGAGAGGUGGCCGAAGGAAAAAACUCUUUUUAGUGUUAAGAAAUGUUGAGAAAUGAAAAAAACUGUUUACUAAGAUGCCUUUUCUUGAAGAGAACAAAAUUUUUUUUUAUUAUAUAAUUGUAUGUAUAAUUAAUUGUAUUGUAAACUAUUUAAAUGUAAAACUGUAAAUUUAGAUUCAUAAAUUGAUAUUUGUAUUAUUAG